UUUAUUAAAUAGUUGUAAAUAGUUCAAAAUGCAGAACCCCAUUUGCGAGCCCUUCACAAGUUGGCCAGUUAAAUUCGACAUUAACCAGUUGAUUAAGGAGUUCCAGCCGGAGGAGAAGGGUCGCGAGGUGGACGAGGAUAAGUCGCCAAGGGAUUUCGUCAAUCUGCCCGACCACAAUUGGGUUGUCCUGCCCAGUUUUAAGUACCAGUUGGAGCAUCUAACUCCCUAUCUCUCCACUCGCCUGAACAAAUACAUGCGAUGUCGUUUUCGGAGGUUUCUGGACCAUGUGCCAAGCAGCUAUGUAAACAUCACCUUAUAUGGGUCCAAUAUUAGCAACAUGCCCAAGCCAAGGCGAAAGAGUCUGAAUGGUCAGUUUUAUGGGGUGGAUAACAAACUGGCUCCAGUUCCUGCCGUUGCAGAUCCCCGAUCUCCAACACAUCGAAAAUAGUGGGAUUUACCUCUAAUAUUUUUCAACAAAAUUAAAAACAGUCAAC